AGUAUUCUAAAAGUGGCCUAGUCCAUGUCUGAAUUAGGCAGCUAAGAGAGGAAUGGUACAAAAUCAAGUGAAAUACUACAAGUAGUUAAUAAUAGUGGGAAACAUAUAUCUAUCAUAUCUAACCCUAUCUCUCUCCACUAACUUUUUCUCCCAACAACUUAACCCUCUCUAUAAGUCGUAGGUUUCAUGUUCUUUCAAUAUACUCAAUAAAACCCUUUUUAAUUUAUCAUAUUAUUUUACAUAUAAGUAUUCAACUCCACGCAUCUAUUUUAGGCAGACAGACAGAGAAAAAAGAACUACAACUAGAGAGGGAGAGAAAGAGAAAGAGAAUAUUUAAAAGUUUAGGAAACUGAAAACAAGUCCUUUUGUAGCAAUUGCCAUAACCCCCACCCCCCACCAAACCAUAAAAAAUCUGCAAAAUUUUGAACUAUUUUCUGUUUUAUAGUUUUCAGAUUUUUGGUUUUUUGGUGUAGAGAGAAAUGUGGGAUCUAAAUGAUUCACCGGAUCGACGAAGGCCGGAUUUUGAUGAAUCAGAAGAAGCCUAUUCUUCUCAAGUUCAUCGGGUCGGAUCUUUUUCGAAUUCAAGUUCUUCAGCUGUAGCUACUGAUGAUGUUUCUGAAGAAGAAGUCGGAGUAAGAUCAGGAAAGAAAAAAAGAAGUACUAAGCCUAGUAAAAUAUUCGGGUUUUCCGUUUUGGGCCCUGAUGAUGAAGAAGAAGAAAAGCCGGUAACCCGGCAGUUUUUCCCGGUUGAUGAGCCUGAAACGGGUUGUGUUACAAAUGAUUCCCCGAAUUUUCCCAGAGCUCACUGGGUUGGUGUUAAAUUUUACCAAAAUGAGCCACUUGUCAAUACGGGAUUGGCUAAGCCUAUAGAUAUGGCAAAACAGCAACAGCAGCAGCAGCCGCCACCAAUCAAAAAGAGCCGCCGUGGACCACGGUCUAGAAGCUCACAGUACCGUGGGGUUACCUUCUACCGGAGAACUGGCCGGUGGGAGUCUCACAUAUGGGAUUGUGGAAAACAAGUUUAUCUCGGUGGAUUUGAUACUGCACAUGCAGCAGCCCGAGCAUAUGAUAGGGCAGCUAUAAAAUUCCGGGGAGUGGAAGCGGACAUAAACUUUAGCUUAGAAGAUUAUGAAUCCGACUUGAAACAGAUGACAAAUUUAACAAAGGAAGAGUUUGUGCAUGUGCUUCGAAGACAAAGUACUGGUUUUCCGAGGGGAAGUUCCAAGUAUAGAGGGGUGACUUUACACAAAUGUGGUAGAUGGGAAGCUAGAAUGGGACAGUUCUUAGGCAAAAAGUACGUUUAUUUGGGCCUCUUUGAUACUGAGAUUGAAGCAGCCAGGGCUUAUGAUAAAGCUGCUAUUAAGUGUAACGGGAAGGAAGCAGUUACUAACUUUGAACCAAGCAUUUACGAAAAUGAACUGAACUCAAUUGAAUCUAGCGAUUACGCUGCAGAUCAUAAUCUGGACCUAAGUUUGGGUGGAUCAAGCUCAAAUCAAGGAAUCCGCGAAUUGGGGGAUAAUAGAGGAGGUCAAAAUCAUUCAUCUAUGCAUUUUGAUAUUGAUUGGCGUCGCAAUGGUUUAAGGCCUGAGAAGCAAUCUGCCCUUAUCGAUGCACGAAGAAGAGAUAGUGGGUACAAUGAAGCAGAAACCUUGCAACUAUUGAGCCAGACACACUUACAUUCUCCAGUCUCCUUGAAGCAUAAUAAUAAUAAUAAUAAUAAUAACAAUAGUAAUCAAGUGCAACGAUUUGGCCAAUUUAUGAGACCUGGUGAUCAAUCCCAUAUGAUUCAAAUGUUUCCUCCACAAUUCGGGUCAUCAAAUUAUCAGAUUCAGAUUCAAUACCCAAGCGGCAGCAAUGGAGGCCGAAUUGGAGGUACAAAUGUAGGAGAUCUAUCGCUCUCAACAAGCCAUGGUUCUUCGCAAUGGAAAUCCAAUUUUCCUCCUCAAAUAUUUGCAGCUGCUGCAGCAUCAUCAGGAUUCCCCCAGCAGAUACCAAGACCUCAAAAUUGGUCCUCAGAAAAUGGCUUUCAUCACUCACUCAUGAGACCAUCUUGACCAUACUAUUCCACUACAUUACUUGCCAUUUUUCUCCUUGUGUUUUUGUAAGCUAAUUUGUAAAGAGUACUAAAGGGUUGAUAUUCUUAAUACUCCAUAUAUUAUUACCCAAAGGCUAGCUCUUGGUUGGAACCCAGAAAGGAAAAAUUAGAAAAAAAAAAAGAAAAAAGAAAAAAGGUAGACAAAAGUUUUGGGAAAUUCUAACUCAUUUGGAAAAUAUGUCUCCUCAUAAUUAAUUUGUACUCCAAUACUAACUGAAGGCAAGAUUUUCAACUAGACUUGUAUUAGAUUCUUCUGACUAUGAAGUAUGAAGUGCCAAUUUGCCCCA